AUGAUUUAUCGGGAGAUUAAACUUUUACAAAUCAUGCGACACGAUGGAGUAAUCCGGGCCAUUGACCUUUAUACACCUAACAACGUGGAGCAUGAAUUCAAGGAGCUAUAUGUUGUCACUGGAUACGCUGGUGAUAGUAUUGUAAAAAUAUUGCAUGAUCAAAAAGUUACUGGAAGAGUUCACAUCACUCCUGAGCACGUACCUUUCAUUAUUUAUCAACUUCUGAGGGUUUUAAAAUAUAUACAUUCUGCAAAUAUUAUUCACAGGGACCUAAAACCAGGAAAUCUAGCCUUAACAUGUGAUAGUGACCUUACCGUAUUGGAUUUUGGUAAUGGCACGUUCAUUGGAACGUACUGA